GUCGCCUGAGCCUCCGCCUCGUAGGCUUCCUCCGCCUCCUGCGGAGAAGAAGGUGGGAGUGGCGCCGCCGCAGGUGAGCUCGACGACGACCUACUCGGAGCAGCUUUGCAGGGGCGGAGGAGUGGGGUCACAAGCGCAGCAGAUUUAUACGUUGUCUGUGGGGUCUCAAAUGUCGGGAAAGCAAAUUCACGCCGUCAAAAAUGAACCAAUUGAUCUCAAUAAAGGUUCAUCUCGAUUGAAGUGCUCGAAGGAAAUGCGCAACUCUUGUGUUGAUCUCCACCAUAUGGCUUUCAAAGAUAAAAUUAGAGUGGAUGAGACUCUAAAGCUAUUUCAAGAUGUAUAUAAUGAACUACUCCACAAACAUAAGGGAGAGCCAAAACGGGAAGGCCAAGGAGCUAGAAAGUUCGAUAUGCAAGCCGCAAGUAUCCUUAGGAGGAAAGGGAAAUGGAUAAAUCGGGCAAACUGUUUUGGACAUACUCCCGGCGUUGCUAUUGGUGAUAAGUUCCAUUUAAGGGUUGAACUUGCUAUUGUUGGUCUGCAUUGUCAGUAUAUCUUUGGUAUAGAUUACACUAUGCUAAAUGGGAAGAAAGUUGCAACUAGCAUUGUCAACUCUGGCCGUUAUGAAAACAAAGCCAAAACGAAUGACAUUUUGAUAUACUCUGGUGAAGGUGGACUAAUGAAUAGGGGGAUGAAAGUUGAUCAAGAGUUGAAACGUGGCAAUCUUGCUUUGGUGAAUAGCAUGGACGAAAAAUGUCCGGUGCGGGUGAUUCGUAAAAUGACGAGGGGCUCUUCAGAUUUUGGAUAUACAUAUGAUGGGCUAUACAUGGUGAAAAAGUUUUGGAAAGAAAAAGAAAGAGUUGGCAAAUAUGUUUUCAAAUUUGAAUUGCAUAGAAUGUCGGGCCAAGAACAACUACCUCUAGAACGUACGAAACCAAGAGGCAAAGAAUGUUGCAUUUUGAUGGAUGUUUCUCAAGGAAUGGAAAAUUUUCAAGUACGUGCGAUGAAUGGAAGAGAUUGUGAGAAGCCGGACAAGUUUGCUUACAUAACUAACAAUAUAUAUCCGGAUGGGUAUAUAAAGGUUAAGCAAGACGGUUGUGAUUGCACUAAUGGCUGCUCAAAUUCACGACAUUGUGGUUGUAUUUUAAAGAACGAAGGUGAAAUACCUUAUAGCGAGAAGGGUUUUCUUCUCCGACGAAAGGAUAUGGUUCAUGAGUGUGGUCCAUCUUGCAAAUGCCCUCCUUCUUGU